AUGGCAGUUGACAUCAUUCACUUGGCUAUGAAUCAGGCCGUCUCCGACGACCCUAAACAGAGGAAGAAGUGGUGCAAGUACAAGACCUACUGGGCUCCAGAUGACCGCCAUGCAGCAGUGUACUGGGAGACGGCUAUCGUGCCGCCGACGGUCAUCGGCGAGGAGCCUAAGGAGGAGGAAGAAGAGGCGGUGCACAUGCCAGCUAGGGCGCCGGAGCCAAUAUUGCAGUUCAGAAGGGUCCGUACUGCAAAUUGCCACCGGUGUGCUGGUUUGCUAACUGAACAGUGGGCCCGUCGUGACAGAGUGGUUACCACCAUCCUCGGCUUCUCUGCCGCGCCAUCUCCACCGUCCGCCGUCAAUCCUCACCGCGCCACAGCCGCCGCCCAGAUGGCCGCGGCUGGCGCCUUCUCCCCUCUCUCCGGCACCCUCCUCCGCCGCCGCAUACCCCUCCAUCAUCACCGCCGCUUCCUCUACAUCGCGGCCGCUGCCUCGGAAGCCCCCGCGCCUGCCCCCACCCCGUCCCAGCCGCCGCCGCCGGCGCGUCCACGCGGGAAGGGGUACUUCCCCAAGAAGAACGAGAUCCUCGAGCUGACCUGCGAGGGGCUCGCCUUCAAGGGGAAGGGCGUCUGCAAGGUCGACGGCUCCUCCUUCGUCCUGCUCUGCGACGGCGCUCUCCCCGGCGAGCGCCUCGUUGCUCGCGUCCGUCGCCUCCGCCGCGGCGCCUUCGCCGAGGCCGCCAAGCUCAAGACCCUCUCGCCCCACCACGACGCCGUCGAGGCCCCCUGCCCCCUCGCCGCCGACUGCGGCGGCUGCAAGAGCCAGUCCCUGGCCUACCCUGCGCAAAUCCACCACAAGUACGUCCAGGUCCGCGACCUGCUGGUAAAUUUCGGCAAGUUUGAUCCCAGGAAGCUGGAGAGCUCGGAUUCAGAUGCCGUCCUUAAGCCCAUCGUGCCGUGCGAUGAGAUAUUUCGGUACAGGAACAAGAUGGAGUUCUCGUUUGGGACGAAGAGGUGGAUGAAAAGGGAGUGGAAGGAGGAGAAAGAGGAGGUGUCGAAGGGGGAAGAGGUGGAGACUGAUGGUUAUUCACUUGGCCUCCAUGCACCAGGGUUCUUUGAUAAGGUGCUUCACGUCGAGACGUGCUUUCUGCACAGUGAGCCAGCAGAUAAGGUUCUUGCAGUUGUUCAAGGAAGUUGGACGGAUCCGGCUCUUGGCCUCACGCCUUACGAUGUCUACAAGCACACUGGGUUUCUCAAGCAUCUAAUGAUACGAACUGGAAGAAAUGUCAGCACUGGAGCUCCAGAAGUGAUGGUCAAUUUUGUGACAUCAUGUUAUAAACCUGAGCUACUGGUGCCUCUUGUGGAUAGAAUCACAAAAAUAUCUGAAGUGGUAAGUGUCGUAAAUAAUGUGAAUACAUCUGUUGGCAAUACAUCUGUGGGUGAGCAAGAAUAUACCUUGUACGGGAAACCGACCAUUACAGAGAUGUUGAGAGGACUUACAUUCCAGAUAUCUGCCAACUCCUUUUUCCAGACUAAUACAAAACAGGCUGAUGUUCUUUAUAAGCUUAUUGGAGAUUCUGCUGGGCUUAAAGGAGAUGGCUCUGAGAUUGUUCUUGACUUGUUUUGUGGAACUGGAACCAUUGGGCUGACUCUUGCUAGAAGUGCAAAGCAUGUUUAUGGAUAUGAAGUUGUCCCUGAAGCCAUUGCGGAUGCCCAAAAGAAUGCUCAGUUGAAUGGUAUCAGUAAUGCUACAUUUGUUCAGGGAGACCUUAACAAAAUCAACGAAACAUUUGGGAAGGAAUUUCCAAAGCCUGACAUAAUCAUAUCAGAUCCUAAUCGUCCUGGGAUGCACAUGAAGUUAAUCAAGUGGCUGCUGGAAGUUAAAGCCCCUCGAAUAGUGUACGUCUCGUGUAAUCCAGCUACUUGUGCACGGGAUCUGGACUAUCUAUGUCAUGGCGUGGAGGAGAAAGGCCUGAGCGGGUGCUACGAGCUGAAGCGUGUAAUACCUGUCGAUAUGUUUCCCCACACUCCUCAUAUUGAGUGUGUUUGCUUAUUGGAGCUGUGCUGAUUUUCAGUUCCGUUCAGCUAGAGCCACCAGAAGAGAUUCAUAUUCUGAAACGGGGUACACCUAUUUUUGAUGUAGAGUAUAUGCACGCGGCAUAUCAUGAACGGUGGUUUACUGAAGCCAUUUUGAAGCUAACCAGACUCGCUGAUUGCUGAAUGUAUUGUUCAGUUCGCGUAUCUCAAGCUGAAGAGGCACACAACGCGAAUGUGACGUACUGUGUGGGUUGAAGCCCUGGAACUACAAGUGCCCUAUAGAAGGAUUCUGGAAAAAUCUUCGACAGUUGAAGUUCUUUUAAUUGUUGCAGGCAGGCGAUACAUUCUGUUAACAGUGAGAAAAGAAAAGGAUGGAUUUGUCUGAUC